AUGUUUUACAACAUGUCGGAUGGUGGCGAUUCAGAUGGUGCAUUUGAUGGUUUUCAUGCUAAUGCUGCCUAUGAAUUUGACCUCUUCGGCGAUGACUACGAAAGUAGUUUUGAUCCUGUUGAUCAGCAUUUCGAUGAUCGUUCACCUCCGGAUGUUGGACAGACCGAUAGCAGAUCCAGGGUUAGCACAUGUUGGCGAUGCUACAGUUGCAAUGCUGACAACUAUACUUGGUCGACCUCCCACAGCAAGUGGACAUGCAUGGUUUGUGGCUCAGAUGAGUUCUAUGAUGUGACUCAGCCACGUCGGCAUGAGACACAGGAUGGAUGUUGGUUGUACCUGCCCAAGGCCAAUUCAGAUGACAAGCAAUCGACACUUUCAGAACAUGCACCGCCGGAUGACUCUUGGAACGGCGACGGCGAAAGGAACGACAGUGAGGGACAUACUACUGAUCCAAUUGUUGAUCCUGACGCGCUGUCAGUUCAGGGACGUCGACGGCGACGAAGAGCGCGACGAACGAAUCAAACACCGGACACGGAAGUGCCACAGUUGAACAACAAUACGUCAGCCGGAAACGAUCAAAUUGUGGAUUUGUUAACACAACUGGUGGCGAAUCAGAACAAAAAGAGUGACAGCAGCAGUGCAUCAUGGACAUCGAGACAGGGCCCAUUCAAAGGGGUUCGAUGGCGAGGCGGCACACCGCCAUCUCCGCCACCUUGGAGGAACUCCAACGACUUGAGAGCCUUCGCACGUUGGGAGCGCAAGAUCGACGUGUGGAGCAUGCAGAUUAAGCCCUUCAUGCCCAUGUCAGAUGCUGCAUUGAUGUUGUUCACUUCAUUAACUGGUGAAGCAGAGUUGGAAACAGAACAUUUGGACAUCAACAAGAUCAAUACAUCCGAUGGCAUCAAGUAUCUCAUGGAUUCAUUGAGGGAACCCCUGCAGCAGAAGUUGCUUUUCCAGAAGCGCAAACUGCUUGCUGACUACGAACAGGUUGCCCGGUACCCCAACGAGUCGGUUCGUCAGUUCUCCAAUCGAUACGUUCGGGUGGAGAAAGACCUUGCUGCCAUUGGAGUCUCUACAUCUGGAAUGUACGACAGCGAGUCACGUGGCAACCGCCUUCUGGAAAGGACUCGACUGACACCGGAUUUGCAGAGACUUGUUUUGAUUGGAGCUGGGAACACUUUGGAAUUUGAUCGGAUCCGUGAAUCACUCAAUUUUCAAUUUCCUGAUUUCCGUGCUGCUCCACAAGUGAUGGGUCACAACUCUGGCGGAUCCUCAAAAGGGAAAGGCAAAGGCACUUCAUCGACUUCAUCUACGACCUUGUCAUCAAGCCCUUCAGCAUCCUCGUCCAGUACGAGUUCGGGCUCAGCUUCCAAGUUUUCCAAAGGAAAUCAUCCAAGAAGGGUGUACCAAGCUGACCACGAGCCUGAGCUAGAUCAGAUCCCUGAGGAAUCUGGUGAAGCCGAGGACGAUAUGGCUGAAGAGUUUGAAGAUGCUGAAGAAUAUCAUCAAGAUGAUGAUGCCGCUGGAGAUGAUGGAGAACCAGAUGACAACCAAGAUGAUGAUGUGGAAAACUUGGCAUCGGUGUUGACGGUGACUUCGAAGAAAUUAGCCUCAACGGUGCUUGGCAGGAAGUUCACUGGUCGACCUCGAAGCCUUGAAGAGCGAAAGCGGACUUCAACCUGUGCAGCAUGUGGCCAGACCGGCCAUUGGGCUGGAGAUGCCAUAUGUGCAGCCUCAGCGAAAACCAACUCCAAAGGAGCUGGCAAACAAUCGAAAGAUGGCGGAAAAGGCAACGCUUCAGGUAAGCAUCAGGGGCAAACCCACACCAAGAAGGCCUAUGUUGUCAACUUUCCUGGGGAACUACCUCUUGAAGUACCACAUCCACCUGGGGAAGAUGCUAUAUCGGGUUCAUCCGCAUCAUUGGGAACAAGUUCAGCAUUGGGGAAUCCUUCAUCGUUUUAUACUUUCACGACUACACAUCUAGUUGAACAUGACCCCUUUAAUGCCUACAUCGCCGAAAUCAUCAACUUUGCCGGGUACAUGAUUGUUGACACGGCAUGCCAAAGAUCAUGUUGUAGUAGACGAUGGUUGGAUAUCCAUAGCAAGAUCAUGGGCAACUACCGGUUUAGACCCCUCAUGGUUGAAGCUUCGGACAACUUCCAGUUCGGCUCAGGAGGGCUGCAUGUUGCGAGCAAGCGGGCAUAUCUCCCAGCAGCAUUACCAGGUCAGCCGACUCAGGGUUUACUGCUUGGAGUUAGUGUUUUGGAAGAUGCUCAGAUUCCUUUUUUGGCUAGCAAUGUCAUGCUUGAGAAGUUGGGAUGUGUCAUCGACACGGUACGAGAGCGUUUGCGUUUCGAGUUCAUUGGUGUUGACAUUCCACUUCAUCGAAAACAUGGUCACUAUGUUGUCAACAUUGCCAAGUUCACGCAACAUGCACACAUGUCAGAUGUUUGGAAAAUCAUGUCAACAGAUGAGUUUUUGAAAAGCCCUGAUCCUGAAGUGAUGAUCGCAGCAACUCUUGCACAAGCGAGUGAACACCCAAUUCGAGAUCCAGCUCAUGCAGCGAGUCACCAACGUCCCACCAGAAUGGCUUCAGCGCUGGCGGAACUUCAUGAUCCGCCUGAUGACGUUGUGUUUCAGGACACUGCGGAGCAUGAGCAGGAUGGUGCGACUUCGAAUGGCACCACGAUCAUGGAUGACCAUGCUGGAACAGCACAACUUGACGUUGGAGUUUCAGGCCGAGAAUGCUUCCAGACGUCGUCCAGUCCCAAGUCUUUGCACUCAUCCAAGCUUCCGAAGGUAUGGAAACAAGGCAGGACGUUUCAGCCAAUGCAACGACUGCCUGCUGAAGUACAAGUACAAUCAAGAACGACAAGGCUGGGAGGUCUAUGGAGAGCAGCCCUCACAGCGCUCAUCACAAUUGCCACUGCCCUCUCCUUCGACCAUCCUGCCAUCAACGAAUCCGAGAGCCAUGGGGUCUCGACCCAAGGCCCGAGCAGCCAGGACAGCUUCGAGGAGCUCUAUGGCACCAUCAGAGGCUAUGACACCAUGGGAGGAAGCUGGGAUGACCUUCGAGGAGUACGAUGCCGCAAUGACGAGCGCACCUCAUCUGGAUUCAGACGAACCAGACGGCUAUCCACCUUACGACGAGGGCUACGAUUGGACAUCGAUCGCCUGAACGAGGACUACUGGGAGCUUGCAGCCGGAUGCUGCAUACGGCAUCACCUGGUGCCCCGCAAUGAGCUCUUUGACCCCUACGACACAGACUGUCCAGUAGCUCUUCAUCGUCUACGACAAGUUGGUGCGGCCGAGAUUGAAUAUGAAGACGGCAAGUUGGAGGUGGUGCACUAUAAUUGGACAAGGAGAUCCAACAAGCAGACCUCUUCACCUUGGACUGGCCGCACAGUUUUCCAGUUCAAGGAGUUCAGCAAGAAUGACUUGACGAACGCCUGCAAGCGUGGUCUUCUUCAACGACUACGUCAUGCAGCGAAACUUCAAGAAGUUGAGAAGGUUUUAAUGACCAAGGUCAAACCAAGGUUUCGAAAAUCACGAGUCGACCUCCUUGAGACCUUUGCGGGGGCGGCCAACAUCAGCAAGCAGGCUUCAGCAUGGGGCCUCAAGUCUUUGGAACCGUUGGACUACAACACAGGCUAUGACCUUGCCGAACCUGACACCCAACGCCAGGUGACUUCAAUGAUUUCCAAUUACAGACCACUGCUCCUACUGCAAGGAGUCGAAUGCGGACCUUGGAGCAUCCUUCAGGACAAUACCAACUUUGUUCACCGCCCAGAUGAGCUUGCAGAAUGGCGUGAAACCAUCCGUCCUAUGAUCGAUCAGGUGGUCAAAUGGUGCGAGCAGCAGGAUGAUGAGGGCCGAUUUUGGCUCAUUGAGAACCCAGAGACAAGCAGACUUUGGAAGGAGCCUGCUAUGAGGAGAUUGCUUGCAAGACCAUCGACGAGGACGACUACAUGCCACGCUGGGGCCUAUGGAGCUGUGAACAGCAAAGGCAACAUGAUCAAGAAGCCACACACAUUUUGGGGCAACUGCCCAAAAAUCCUCGAACAACUCGGCGACAAGCUGAAUGCCGAGGAAUGCAAACUAUGUGAACCACUUCAAGGACGAGAAACCACUUUGAGCCAACACUACUGCCAGGGCAUGGUUGAUGCGAUCCUGCUCGGGCUACAUCAGACAGCCGCAGAACAAGAUCCAAUGCGACCACAUUCCUAUGCAACCUAUGCCAUCGACUCCAACGAGGUGAACCAGUCUUUGGAGGCUUGGCAAGAACUUUUCGACAAGGCCGAGCAACUGUUCAGACAGACCAGGAUGAAGAACAUUGUGCUCGCCCAGAGCGACAACUUUUGGCAGGACGUUCGCAGAUUGGUCCCAUGGCACACCCUUGAAAGGGUACAGAUAGCAAAACAGCCUGCCAUUCAUCGAUUUCCAACACAUGUGCCUCACACUCAUCGAGGUUCGGCAUUGCUCUUCAACGACGGCUCCAGAGAUGUGACGGUUGAGGACCUGACCGACAUUCGAUAUCCCAAAGGACGAUUCCAAAAACCUGUCAACAUUGGCAUAUUCUUCUUUGGCAUGGCCCAUUCUCCUCAACAAGAACCAGAUCAACAACAGCCUCAACCUGCUUCAGUACAACCGCACGUUGAGGAUAAUCCCAUUGCCAGAGCAGAUUUCCUUGACAGAGACAUCACUUUCCCUGAGAACAAGGACUACAACAACGAUACAAAGAACAUCGUGACAAGACUUCACAAGAACCUGGGACAUCCACCAGCAACUGAACUGAAGAAACUACUGGCGAUGAACGGUGUUUCCAAUCAGAAGAUCCUUGCGGCCGCAGAUGACCUCAUUUGCGGUUCUUGCAAAAGGACCAGAGCCCCAAUGAAACCCGCACCUUCGUCAAUGCCUCAGUCAAACUUCAGACAGUUUGCAGAUGCUAUCCAACUUGACAUUGUCUACAUCCGCGACAUCACUGGCCAGAAUUUCCCUGUUUUGGGAAUUAUUGAUGAAUGCACCCAUCUACACCAAGCAUGCAUCCUUGAAAGCAGACUGCCUGAAGAAGUCCUUCGGAAGUUCGUCCAGACUUGGUCUCAACCUUUUGGAUUUCCAUUAGUCUGCCGACUUGAUGCUGAUGGAAGUUUUCGAGCAGCCUUCGAAGAACAUUUGGACGCCACCGGAACAUUUGCUGACUUCGUUCCACCAGAAGCUCACCACAGAAUGGGCCUGAUCGAACGGCACAAUGCCACCUUGAGGGCCAUCGCUGAGCGCGUGAUUGAUGCGCAAGGCGUUGUGGGCUUCAAUCAGAUGGAAAUGGCCAUUGCAGGAGCCACCUUUUCAAAGAACUCAUGCACUUGGUCUUCCGGACGGCCUCCCUACAUAGCUGCUUUUGGACGGAUUCCACGACACGGGGGACUAGAUCUACUUUCAGACCAACACGGACUUGCAGUUGGAUCCACACAGGGCCAGAUGCACCAGUUGGCUGACACCUUGAGGGCCGAAGCUCAGCAGCAGAUUGCUGCGAUGACUGUGGAUUCCUCUUUUAGACGAGCUCUUUUGAGGAAAGCCAAGCCAAGCCCCGAGGAUGAGUAUGUCAUCGGCGACACUUUGGCAUACUGGAGAUGGACUACAAGAAGUGGCAAGAAACGUGGUGGCUACAAAUUAGCCAGGAUGUUGGGAUUUGACCCUGACGGCAAAUCCUUGUGGGUUCAGUCUGGAACCAACACCAUCAAGCUGGCCCGUGAACAAGCCAGGAAGGCCUAUGGUUUUGAAGCUUGGCAUCCAGACCCAUCAGAUCUUCAAGCUCUACGUAUGGCAUCUGAGAACAUCAAGAAGGGCAUUUUUGAUGACGAGACCAUUCCUAUUCAGAACGAUCCAUACCAGGAGCUUGGGAAUGAUGACCACCUCAAAGAGACCUUCCUUGUCGGCGACACAGCGCCAGUCACACCACCUGGCAUUAGCAAACAGGCAGGAACAGACACAGCACCAGCACCUCUAACACCGGCGAAACGACCGCUUGAAACACACACAGGGCCUAGCACACCAAGGUCGCGAACGUCCCAAGCAGCACAGCCAAACACAGAGGUGCAAGCAGAAGCAACAUCCAAGCCUGAUGCUACAACGUUUCACAAUCAGCUUGUCAAUAUGGCAGCACCAGAAUUCAAACAAGCCUACACGGCUAGCAUGACAGCACCGAAUCAGCACAGCCCACAGCACUGCAAGUUUCACCGUACAGCAACUCAAGCAUCGAUGACCUACACAACAGAAGGCAUCGAACUUAGAGACAAACACUUCGAUGGCACCGAAGAGAUCUACAUGCCACACAAGAGCAACACGUGCUUCAAAGCAUACCAGGCAAAUGCAGAAUAUGAAGGUGACGGCAUCAGCGAUGACUCAGACGUAUCGCAAGAUGACAUGUCCACCUCCAAGGCACAACAACCGUCUCUUACACGACAACAACAGAAAGCCUUGGAUAAAGAACUGCCGUGGAGGACCAUCAUGGAACGUGGGGGCGACUAUCUCCAGGCAUUCAUCGACGCCACCAAAGCUGAGGAGACAUCGUGGAUGCAGUAUGACUCCGUCGAGCCCCUCUCCAAGGCCGAGGCAGACAAGAUCAUGGCUUCAGCUGAAGGACGAAAAAGGAUCUUGAAGUCUAGGGCAGCCUUUAGAGACAAGGCAAAAGGGGCUGGCCCAGUUCGGGCCAAAUGCCGAAUUGUGGCAUUGGGUUGCCUUGAUCCAGAUCUCUACUCACUGAACAGAGACAGUGCAACGCCAACACGUCAAGCUGAGAUGAUCAUCUAUGCCAUCUUCAUCUCAGGUUACAACAAGAAGAUGGGACAAGGAGAAGUCACAUGGACACUAUGGGCAGGAGACGUCAAGACUGCCUUCCUCCAAGGAGAGCCCGAGCCGAGGCACGCUCCACUAUAUCUGUCCCCACCAAGAGAUGGUAUAUGCAUUGCAGCUGGCGUGCUACCUGCACCUCUAUACAGAAUCAAGGGAAACAUCUAUGGGUUGGCUUCAGCACCAAGAACGUGGACAACGCAUGUCUGCCGACGCCUCAAGGAAUGUGGAUGGCAACAACAUUCACUUGACAAGAUGCUGUUCUUUUUGUACCAGCGUCCAGCCGGCUUCAAGGAAGAAAUCCUGGUCGCCGCUGCAAUUGUCUAUGUAGACGAUUUCUUAGUGACGUUCAACGAAUAUUUCAAUCACCAGGAACUCCUCCAAAUAUUCAACUGGGGUAGUCAAACCACUUUGACCACCGAGAACCACUUGGAAUUCAAGGGGAAGGAGAUUUACUUGCGCUAUGACAAGCGCGGGUUCUAUGUCCUGGAGAUUAAACAGCAGAAGUUCAUUGAGGCCUUCAAGAGCGGCAAGAUCAGUGGCAAAAAGGAUGACCCUUUGAAACCCAGUGAUUUCCCAGAGUACCGUUCAGUGGCCGGAAGUUUGCAAUGGGUUUCUGGACAGACGCGUCCAGAUGUGGCAGCGACAGUAAGCUUGCACAGCAAAGGCAGUAAAGCACAGUACAGCGAUUUGCUGGCAAUGUAUGAUGCAGUUGAACAUCUGCGGAACACCAAGACCAAGGGCUUCAUCAUGAACCCCGUGAACAUUAAUCAGUCCACCAUCAUGGUCACCUACUCCGAUUCUUCAUGGGCGAAUGCGGAGAACUAUGCCUCACAGCAUGGAUGUUUGGUGCUCCUAACAGAUACGCGCGCAAGUGCAGCAGACACCUCAGUAGACCGAUCCAGUUUCUGCAAUUUGAUGAUCUCAGAGAUCUUGCAACGCAUGCAAUCCUUUCGAAUCACUCUUCCUCUGCGAAUGAUUCAAGUGACCGAUUGCAAAUCUCUUUACGAUUCAAUCAUAGCAGAGAAUCCGUCCGUAGAGGACAAAAGGCAUCGCAAACCUUUGGCAUACCUGAUGCAGCAAGUUGAGGCACAGCAAAACAAGGAAGCAGCAAGAGAGAUUGUCAUCACGGGUUGGCCUCUAGAGAAAGAAGGAUACACAGAGCAAGCAAGACGAGACAGAAUCCUUCACUGGAUGGUCUCGCAGGCAAACACAGGCAAAGAAGUACAAAUGAUGAGCCACAGAACAAGAGAAGACAUGCUUAGCUACAUGAGCAUCAUCACCUUCAAAUCCAAAUGGGCAAAAGGCAAAUUCCAAGGAUGGUGGCGCAAAACGCUCACAACCAGAUCCCCAGCACACUACUGGGACCAGAACGAUCAGACAUGGGACAAGUACACGCUGAGACAACGUAUGCAGAUUGGCAACAUCAGCCGCACCAAAGGCAUCCCUUUGAAAGUCUGCAUGGAAGCCCUUAGCACACACCACCAAAGCACCUUCCACAGAGAUGUCAGCAAAUUAUCCAUCAAAUGGAAAGAUCGCGCAAUCCUUGGUGGACUAGAUGCCAUGGCCUACAUUGACUUCGACGAAGUGGAAGCCAUCGGCACUAUCAUCAUUAGGUCUGACCUCUUUGAGUGA